UCUGCAGCUGUCUGCCCUCGGCCACUUGCUACGUCACUGACGUCUGGUUGCCGUUUUCAUUGCAUCAGCUACUGGGUCAGAUGAAGCAUAAAACUCAGCUAGAGGGGGGUAAAGAUCACCCACAAUACUUAAAGCCAGGUGGGAGUUGGAGUAUUAUUGGGUGCUGCUCAGUUCACAAUCCAAAUCAGAAAUGAUGAGCUUCACUUUAAGGAACCUUCUGGGACGCACGGUUUCAUUGAGCAACAAAUGCUCUGUGCGCUCAUUCCGAUGUGGACAAGUUAUGCUAGGUGCUUCUGUCCUAAAAGGUCGUCACCUGUUAACUCUCAAGGAUUUUAAUGGUGAAGAAAUAAAGCAACUAUUGUGGACAGCAGCUGAUCUGAAAAUGAGAAUAAAAGAGAAGGGUGAGAUACUGCCUUUACUUCAAGGCAAAUCUAUUGCCAUGAUAUUUGAAAAAAGGAGCACCAGAACAAGAAUUUCUACAGAAACAGGAUUUGCAUUGCUUGGAGGGCACCCAUGCUUCCUUACAACACAAGAUAUUCAUCUGGGGGUAAAUGAGAGUCGUAAAGACACAGCAAGGGUUUUAUCUGGGAUGACUGAUUUGAUCCUGGCCAGGGUCUAUAAACACUCUGAUCUCGAGCAGUUAGCAGAAGAUGGCUCAGUCCCUGUGAUCAAUGGGUUGUCAGAGCUAUAUCAUCCUAUCCAGAUCCUGGCUGAUUACCUUACUCUUCAGGAACAUUUUGGCUCACUGUCUGGUCUAACUGUGUCUUGGAUAGGAGAUGGAAACAAUAUGUUACAUUCUUUCAUGUUGAGUGCUCCUAAGCUUGGAAUGCAUCUUCGUGCUGCUACACCUAAGGGCUUUGAACCUGAUGCCACCGUCACCACAUUUGCUAAGUCAUUGACUGAAAAGCACGGAACCAAAAUGUUUUUCACAAAUGAUCCUUUGGAGGCAGCAAGUGGAGCCAAUGUUCUAGUAACAGAUACGUGGAUCAGCAUGGGGCAAGAAGAAGAGAAAGCAGAGAGGUUGAAAGCAUUUCAUGGUUAUCAAAUCACCAUGAAGACUGGACAGUCAGCUGCACCCAACUGGGUAUUCUUGCAUUGUUUGCCACGAAAACCAGAGGAAGUUGAUGAUGAAGUAUUUUAUUCCCCAAGAUCACUGGUCUUCCAAGAAGCUGAAAAUAGGAAAUGGACAAUAAUGGCCGCAAUGGUGAGCAUGCUAACAAAUUAUUCUCCAACGAGCACCAAACCAAAAUUCUGAAUUCUGUCCUACAGCCCAAUGUCCACAAUGCAGUGGAAGGAUAAUAUGAAAAAAUCCGAGAAACUUUAACUGCACAUUUCUUUGAUAUUUAAAUACACUACUUAAUUUCACUACACUAUGAUGCUGAUAUGACUUAUUAAUGGUAAUCAAAAAGAAACUGGCAGUUCACAAGUGAUCCUUUGAUCAAUGAAGCAAUGUAAAUAUGAUGUACAAACAUCUCAUCUAAUCAUCCUGAAUCCCAUGCUACAAUCCAACAUCCACAAUUCAAGCAUAAGGAUAAAUAAAAAAACCCUCAAAAUG